CACUGCAUUGAAGAAAUGCAUUCUCAAGACCUUUUGGCCUUGGGAGAUGUUGUGCUGAAUCAUCGGUGUGCACAUAAACAGAGCCCAAAUGGUGUUUGGAACAUUUUUGGUGGCAAGCUUUCUUGGGGUCCUGAGGCAAUUGUUUGCGAUGAUCCAAAUUUUCAGGGUCGUGGAAACCCUUCUAGUGGUGAUAUAUUCCAUGCUGCACCAAACAUCGAUCAUUCCCAGGAGUUUGUAAGAAAAGAUAUAAAAGAGUGGUUAAAUUGGCUUCGAAAUUACAUUGGUUAUGAUGGGUGGCGCCUCGACUUUGUGAGGUAAUGUAUUUCUCAACU